GUGCACAAUAAAAAUCCCAUGUCAGCUAAAUAUGAAAUAAAUAAAAGGAAAUAAGAAAAUAGAUGAAAUUGCAAAUAUCCACAUUUCCCCAUCCCCAUGUCACUCAUUUUCUCUUCAAUGUGGAUAAAGGGAUAAGGUUAUGAACACACGCCAUCCAAUGGAAAUCAUGCCUGCAAAUAACAUCACAGCCCUGAACCACAAAUUUAUCAGCCAAAAAGAUCUCAAAAAAACACAUUUUAUUGAUCAUACAUUGUUUGAUAUACUUCAUUUGUAACCCCCACCUAUCUUUGUACCACUGCACAUUCCAAAACAAAAAUGGCGAGUGCAGCUUCCACCAUUACCAGCCAGCUGAAGAGCAAUUUCGCUCCUUCACUGAGCAGAGCCCUGAUUACUCCCAAGGGCAUUUCCGGUACUCCAUUCAGAGUUUUGCCUAACCGAAGAACCUCCUCUUUAACCGUCAAGGCUAUCCAGUCCGAGAAGCCCACUUACCAAGUGAUCCAGCCCAUUAACGGCGACCCAUUCAUUGGGAGCUUAGAGACGCCCGUCACAUCCAGCCCACUCAUCGCUUGGUACCUCUCCAAUCUCCCAGCUUACCGGACAGCUGUCAACCCCCUCCUCAGGGGCGUCGAGGUUGGGCUGGCCCACGGGUUUCUCCUCGUGGGCCCGUUCGUGAAGACAGGCCCACUGAGGAACACAGAGUAUGCGGGUGGGGCUGGGUCACUUGCAGCAGCUGGCCUUGUCGUGAUCCUCAGCAUCUGCCUCACGAUUUACGGGAUAGCGUCGUUUAAGGAAGGUGAGCCCUCGACUGCCCCGUCUUUGACUUUGACCGGCCGGAAAAAGGAGCCCGAUCAGCUACAGACGGCCGAUGGAUGGGCUAAAUUCACGGGUGGGUUUUUCUUUGGCGGGAUUUCGGGGGUCGUGUGGGCGUACUUUCUUCUCUAUGUUCUUGAUUUGCCUUACUAUGUGAAGUGA